UCGAAAUCACAGAUAUUCUUGUAUUUAUAUCUCACUAUCAUUGAAGAUUAUUACCAAAAUUUUUAUAUUGAUUAUUCACAACAAAAUUGUAUCUCUUUUGCUUCUUUGACAAAAAGUUCACGCCCUCAAGGCUCAAGCUAUCAUGGAGUCAAGUUGCGCUCACUCAGUUAAAUAAAAGUCUCAAAAAAUGAAACUUGAUCCACGAGAGGAACAAAGAAUCAUUUUUUAAGAACAAAGAACAAAGAACAAAGAAUCAUUUUUUAAGAAAAAGAACAAAGUACCUCGUAUUGGAGAGAAGAUGAAUAAGUUGUAUCCUUGAUAGAUUUGUAAUUUUGCAUUGAUUGAUAAUCUGAGCAUAAUCAAUGGGGAGAUACCAGAUACACUAGAUGAUGUUAACAUCUGUAUACAAAAUAUGUGAUUCAAUAUACAACAUCAUUUACGAUUCGAUAUACAACAAACAGUUCAUAACGGUUAUCAAUUAGGAAGUUCUCAUCAAAUACCCAAAUAUAAUUUUUUCAAAAACUCAACAACCCAGAAAAACAGAGAGCACCAGUAUUACUGUAUUAGGAAAAUAAACACAUAAUUUAUACUUUCAGAAAAUUUACAAGGCAAAGAAAACUCACAUCAUCACUCAUAAGCCUCAGAAAUCUGCUUGAAUUUAGCUUCAGCUUCUUUUUUAUUAUUUGGAUUCAAUUUUCUGUAAGCUUUCUUAAAAUCAUCAGGGAAUUGAAAUAAUUAUUUAUUUUUGGUAAUUUUAUAAGUAGAAAUUAAUGGGGAAGAAGAUGGAAGAAUCAAGAAGGAAGGCGUGAGAAUUGAGACACAAUAAUGAAUGACUUCCUCAAUGAAGCGGAAGGUAACGUCGCCAUUAAAAAAAAAAAAAAAUGGACAGUACUCAGCAAAAUACUAAAUCAGCAAGCAAGCAACCUCCAUUGUUCGUAUGAGAUUCCCAGACAGGAAUUUCGCUUAACAUAUUCAAUAAUACAAAACCAGCUUGCAUCAACAAGAAUAAAGCAAGCAAAAGCAGGGAAGAAGAAAGUGACAAUAAGUGAUAAGAAGCUUAGAAUCAAAGUUCAACCAAGUGGCCUUAAAAUAAGUUUAACAAAUUCCCUUUGAACCUGCAAAUCAAGGGCCAUACAAUUUACUAAUGUCAGUUGCUCUUUGUCCCAACAAAAAAACAUGGUUCAUGUGGGAAAUACCAUGCAACAGUCACCCAUGAAGAAGAAACCUAAAUAUUCUUUGUUCAUGCCUUCUUUCUUGGUUUAAUGAGUGGAAAUUUGACUCUUAAAUAUAAUACAUGAUUUUCAAAGUGGAAAAUCUAACAUUAUUUUGUUAUAACAAAACAACAUCAACAUUUGCUUAAUUUGUCAUGGUGACAUUGCAAUUAUCCUCAAUAUCCCCUACCAAUAACUCACUUCUCAAGUUCUGCCAUAACAACGCAAAAACUCCUAAGAAGCUUCAGAUUUCACUUUGUUCAAGUUUUUCCAUGUCCAAUCUGCAGCAUCCAUAUCAAAACCUUUCUUUUUCGCCGUCAGAAAAUCAGAAUGUUGCAGCAAUAUUAUUUGAAAAUGGUUCAGACUGCAAGUUAUACCCAUUGAUGAGAAGAAGAUCAGCAGGUGCAAUUCCAUUUGGAGCAAAAUACAGACUGAUAGAUGUUGUUGUUAGCAACUGCAUUAACAGCAACAUAGCCAAGAUUUAUGCUUUAACACAAUUUAACUCCACUUCUCUCAAUUCUCACCUUACAAGAACUUAUUCAAAUGUGGGUCUUGGAAAAGAGGAGUUUCUUCAAGUCAUUGCUGCUUGUCAAAGCUCAGAAAAUCAGUCCUGGUUUCAGGGAAAUGCUGAUGCUGUUAGGAGAUUUUUGUGGAUGCUAGAAGACUGCUCUGCGACAGAGUUUAUAAUCCUCCCUGGCUACCAUCUUUAUAAGAUGGAUUACCAAGAUAUCCUUCAGCUCCACCACGAAAAUCGAGCUGAUAUAACUAUUUCAGCUCUAAGAUCAGAGAAAAAGCAUGACAAAGGUUUUGGCAUAUUGAAAGUGAAUUCAGAAAAUGAAGUAGUUGAAUUGUUUCAAGAAGAGACUGCUUUUCCUUUGGUAGGAAGAGUUGAAAAUACUAAAGAUAACAACUGUACCACUUACGCAAGCAUGGGCAUCUAUGUUAUUAGAAAAGAUGUAAUGGUAAAUAUGCUCAGAGAAGAACUUCCAUGGGCUAAUCACUUUAGAAGUGAAGUAAUUCCAGGUGCUUUAUCAUUAGGGAUGAAGGUUCAAGCAUAUCUAUUUGACGGAUAUUGGGAAAACAUGCAAAGCAUCAACGGAUUCUAUCAAGCCAACAUGGAAAGCACAAACAUUAGAUACAAUUUCUGUGAUAGAGAUUAUCCUCUCUAUACUUUGCCUCGACGUCUCCCUCCAACUAGAGUAACUGAUGCUGUAAUAACCGACAGUGCCAUUGGAGAUGGUUGCAUUCUCAAUAGGUGCAGGAUCAAAGGCUCAGUGGUAGGUGUUGGGACAAGAAUUGAGGAUACAGCUGUGAUAGAAGAUUCAGUUUUAAUGGGAUCUGAUAUCUACCAAGAAGAUUUGCUGCAGAGCAAGGAGAAGAAGAAAUCAAUGAUUCCUAUUGGAAUUGGGCAAGGAUCUUUCAUAAGGAAAGCUAUAAUAGACAAAAAUGCAAGAAUAGGCAAAAGAGUCAUGAUUAUAAACAAGGAUAAUGUCCAAGAGGGAAGCAGAAAAGAUCAAGAAUACAUGAUUCGUGAUGGGAUAGUGAUCGUAACCAGGAGCGCAAGCGUUCCCGAUGACACCAUCUUAUAGUGUUUUAUAAAACAAUAUAUAAUUAAAAACUUCAACUUCAUUCUUUCAUUAGAAUUAAUAACGUAAAAUACAAACACAAACACAAAUUUCAUCAAUACGGCAUGAAAAGUGAAAAAAUACAUAUUCCAUCCAUUUCAUUUUAAUGGUUACACUUUGAUAUUUUACACUAUUCACAAAUUUUACUUUGACCAUCAUUUGUGA